CUCCCUCCCUCCCUCCUCUCCACCCUACCCCUGUCUCUGUCACUCACCCGCGGGCCUGGCCGGGCAGCCAUGGCUGUGGUGCUCAUCUGGACUCCUCUCCUCAUGGGUCUCCUGGCAGGGCUGGGGGGCACCAAGGCCCAGCAGACCACGCUACACCCACUUGUGGGCCGUGUCUUUGUGCACACCUUGGACCAUGAGGCGUUCCUGAGUCUUCCUGAGCACGAUGCUGUCCCACCCACUGUCCGCAUCACCUACCACGCCCACCUCCAGGGACACCCAGACCUGCCCCGGUGGCUCCGCUACACCCAGCGCAGUCCCCACCAUCCUGGCUUCCUCUACGGCUCUGCCACCUCAGAAGAUCGUGGGCGCCAGGUCAUUGAGGUGUCUUUCCCAUCCCCCAGGUCGCAGCCUACAAUCGAGACAGCUUUGACACCACUCAGCAGAGGCUGGUGCUGGAGAUUGGGGACCCGGAAGGCCCCCUGCUGCCAUACCAAGCUGAGUUCCUGGUAUGCAGCCACGAUGUGGAGGAGGUGCUGCCCUCAACACCUGCCAGCCGCUUCCUCUCGGCCUUGGGGGGACUCUGGGAGCCUGGAGAGCUUCAGCUGCUCAACAUCACUUCUGCCUUGGACCGUGGGGGUCGUGUCCCCCUUCCCAUUGAGGGCCAAAGAGAAGGGUAGGGUGUACAUCAAGGUGGGUUCUGCCUCACCUUUCUCUACUUGCCUGAAGAUGGUGGCAUCCCCUGACAGCCACGCCCGCUGUGCCCAGGGCCAGCCUCCACUUCUGUCUUGCUAUGAUACCUUGGCACCCCACUUCCGCAUUGACUGGUGCAAUGUGACCCUGGUGGAUAAGUCAGUGCCAGAGCCUGCAGACGAGGUGCCCACCCCGGGCGAUGGCAUCCUGGAGCACGACCCGUUCUUCUGCCCACCCACGGAGGCCCCAGACCGUGACUUCUUGGUGGAUGCUCUGGUCACCCUCUUGGUGCCCCUGCUGGUGGCCCUGCUUCUCACCUUGCUGCUGGCCUAUGUCAUGUGCUGCCGGCGGGAGGGGCGGCUGAAGAGAGACCUGGCCACCUCUGACAUCCAGAUGGUCCACCACUGCACCAUCCACGGGAACACAGAGGAGCUGCGGCAGAUGGCGGCCAGCCGCGAGGUGCCCCGGCCACUCUCCACCCUGCCCAUGUUCAGUGUGCGCACGGGUGAGCGACUGCCUCCCCUCGUGGACAGCGCCCAGGUGCCCCUUAUUCUGGACCAGCACUGAGGGCCCAGCCAGUGGUUCCAGGUCCAGCCCUGGCUUCAUCCUCCCUUCUCUGUCCAUUUGGCAAGCGGCACAUCCCAUCUGCUGAUUCUGGCUCCUGGCCCACCUGGAACCCACCUGGAACAAGCAGGGAGAUGGGGUGGGGCAGGGCGAGAGUGUGUGGAGUAAGGACAUUCAGAAUAAAUACCUGCUGCUCUGCUCACAUGUUGCUGCUGGCAGCCUCCCCCG